UCUGUUUUCAUUAUUUAUUUUAUAUACCAUAAUAAAAUUAUUUAAUAUGGCAAAAAAACCAGGGAAAGUUUAUUUGGGAUAUGAAGACGAGCUUAUAAACGAUAAAAAUAGAACUCUUCUGAAUUAUACUGUGAACAAGAUUGGUGGGCUACCAGAUUGGCCACCAGUUGAAAAUCUGAAAUUUGAUAGCAAAUGCCCACUCUGUGGAUUGUAUAGAUUAAUUUUAGUGCAAUGCUAUGCACCAAUAGAAAAUUCAGCCUAUCAUCGAACAUUGUAUGUUUUUGCUUGCAUCAAUCCCAACUGCUGGAAUUUAUCUGAAAGUUGGGCAUGUAUAAGAUGUCAAAUAAAAGCUGAAUCGCACAAGGAAACUACUCUUGUUGCCAUGCCAAAUACUGAUACUAAUAUGAGUUGGUGUAGUGGAUCUGAUGAAUGGGAUGAAAUUGACAAUGGAGAUUCUGUUAAUGGAAAUGUAGUGAAUUUAGAUAAUGAAGUUUUAGCAGGCAUACAAAGAAACUCUGAUGAUGACGAAAGCAAUUCAUUUGAAGUAGAGGCAGUUGAAAUGGCUCUUGGAAAUAUGCAAAUGUAUGACACACAUAAUGCUAACAUGUCGCCGGUGCAAGGGGCAGUCGCUGCUAUUGGUGUACCAGUGGCUGCGGCAGAACUAGAGGGUGGAGAUGAAGCAGACCUGGUGAUAGUUGAUACUCCCACAGCACCCACCAAUAAUGUCGAAGCAUUACUGAAUCAGACUUCUGAAAUACCAGCCGACUUGAGAAGCCGCCUUAUGCAUGGACCUUUACAAUUUGUACCCAAGUACAUAUUUGUUGAGGAAGAAUGGAUGAAGCCAACAUACAAUGACGAGAAAGUUUCCGAAUUGUUCAACAAAUAUAGACGAGAGUGUGAAAUUGAAGCGAACAAAAAGAACGAGAGGGUGGGUGGUGGUGAUGAAGAGCAGUAUGAAGAUGGCAUUCCACUCCAUGGGGACAAACUAUUCCAUGCAUUCCUGACACGAAUACAGAACAAUCCUGAUCAAAUCCUUAGGUAUAGCAGAGAUGAACCACCAAUACUUGGAGCCCCAUUGCCUCAGGCCGACCACAGCCCUAGUUCUUGCAAGCCAAUGGUCUGCCAACGAUGCCAAUCCAGCCUUAUUUGUGAGUUACAACUUGUACCAGCCUUUGCCCAAGCUCUACGAAUAUUGCCUGGCAGUGUAUCACUGUCUCACUUACAUUUUCUUUCCGUUCUCAUCUUCACUUGCUCACAAAGUUGCUGGCAGCCAAACGACACUACGGUUCAAGAAGUUGUUGUAUUCCAACCUGAAGUUAUUUAAGCUUUAUGAAGAGAAGAAACAAUAUUAGGAAACCAGUUCUAAGUAGAUAAUUUAUUUGUAUUUAUUGAUCUUUGUUUUUUAAUAUCUAGAAGUGACUGGCAGCCAAACGUAAAUAAACUAAUAAAGGAGACGGGGAUUUCUGGGCCAAAAUGUAAUAAGUUGAGAUAUGGUUUAAAAAAAUUGCCAUAUUUUUCUAUUUUAAAAUAUAGAAAAUUACCCUAUUUCACAACCUAGAAAACGAGAAAUCUUAAAAUUAAAUUUUCAUCAUCUUAAAAUUCACGAUUAAAAUGGGAUAGAUAUCGAUUACUAUAAUCGAGUAAUGUGAAUGAGUUAAUACAAUUCAACCCAAAACCACUUGCACCACAUGAUUGAUUCAAUAAAAGUACUUAAAAAAAAUACAUUAUAAUUAACAAAACACAAUGUCUUUAGUUAAAAAAAAUAAAUAUCAACUUAAUAUUACAAAGAAAUCGAUUGAAGAAAAAGUCGAUUCUGAAUCUCGUUCUGUAUUUUAAUCUGUGCUGACAGUGACAGCCACAGAUUGUCUAGAAUGUCAAAUGUCAAUCACUCGUUUCGUAGUAUCGUUUGUGCGUACCUACGCGAUUUGUCAUUUGAUUGUUUCCCGUUGUUUUAUUGAUAUUUUCCUUCUUUCUAUUUGAUUUCCGAUAUUGCUAAACUUGUACGAUCAUUAUCGUGCAACAAAAAAUCAAUCACAUUUAAAAAAUCAGCCGUUUUAAUAUAGAUUGUUGCCCAUAUAUUGCAUAAUCUCAAUUUUACAAAACCUCCUAUAACUCUGCAUUCAGAUUGCCAAAAAUCCUCAAAUUCUCAGUGAUGCUUUUUUAAUUUAUAAGCUAUUUAUUAACACCAUUUUCAUCCUUUUACAUCUUGGCCCAAUAAUGUAUGAAAAACAAAGCAGACGGAUACCCUAUCCGUCUGCUUUGUUAUGUUUUUAAAGUGAUAACCCUCACUUGUGGGAUUAAUACGGCCAACUCUCGCGCUAGAGGUCGCGGGUUCGAGUCCAUCGCAACCGCAUCGUUCUUAAAAUUUUGUUUUCAAAUUUUAUUUGUGAACAAACUAUUACAUAAUAGUUCUAAACAAGCUCUAAGAAAAUUUAAAUAUUUUAUAGUCUCUCAAAGUUGCUGUCAGUGAAGCAAAACUGGUUUAAUGGGUAAAUAUAUGAUUUAAAUCCACUUGGCAUCUCAUAUGCUAGUCCGUAUGUUUUGAAAAAAUUUAAUGUCAAAUUAAACUAAUUCUUUAACCGUUUGAUAUAUGAAUAUCAAUAUUUUUUCUGAACCAUAGUGUAUAUUUACUUUCAAAACUGUGUCUAACGCAGCCAAAAAAGCGAUGAUCAGGUGAAAACCAUUGACUAUAUUUUUGUGAAACUUUCACAAUCUAAUAGAUAAUUUAAUUGUCAAUCUUUAUUAUUAUUCAUAUUGUGUUUUUGUAAAUCAAGGUAAAUUAUUAUUCAAAUAAUAUUGGUGCGCAAUAAAUAGAUGCAACAAUUUAGUUCGCUUAUAAAUUUCGCGCCAAAUUGUUUAUUAAACCCGUAUCGCUAAAAACGCCUAUGCAAAACAUGGCGUUAUUAACUAUGUAACGUAUUUUACCCAACGUAAUAUUGUAUAAUCUCUAUAUAGAGCUUAAGUAUUGGAAUCACUGACCUGUAUAAAUACCACUGGACAGGCUGUUACAUAUGUAUGGCAGCAAAUAUUUUGUGCCUAUUUGAAGCGCCACUCGCGAGCGUCCAGAGAACUAAUUUUGACGUAUAAUACAAAUGGCUGCGAAUUGACGUCCAAUACUUUGAAGUAUUUUUGCAUUUUGAAUUUGUUUAUUUCUUUUUCCGUGUUAUACUUCAAGAAUCAACGUAAUAAAGUACUCAUAUUUUUUUGUAUUUAGUUUCCCACAAUCUAUCGAUGUUUGCUGAGGUUGUCAUCACUAGUUUUAGUACCGCAGACUCUCGCUACAUGGCCAACAGCGCCAAAAUGGCGAUUAUCAAACAGGCACAAAAGCACUUUGACAGCCGCCAGUCCAUUGGUAUAUAGUAGAGGUCAGUGAUUGGAAUAAAAUAAAAAUGUUCAUUGUGGAGGUACGUUUUGCGUUUGCGGGGAGUAGCCAAGCUUCUCCCCACUCCCUCAAGGUCUUUGGCAUUUAGUGUCGCCUUAAGAAAUCGUUGUAUUCCAGAUUGAAGUCAUUUAAAAUGAAAAUGAAUUCUUGACUAAAUUUUGUUUGUUAUUACUGUUAUAGUCAUUUUUGAUCGUAAGCAUUUGUAUAUAUAAUUAUAGGUAUUCGUUAUUUAUAGCAUUUUAAUACAGUUAUGUGAUUUCUUGCAUAUGUUAUUAAGUAUAAGGUGACGUUGUUUUUCGUCCUAACACCCUGUUGCAAUAAUGUUUGACAAAAUAACAAAUGACGAAAUAUUUGUUUCGAAACCAUACCAAAAAUCGAUGUUUUUACAUAUUGUUAUUUUAAGUUUAAAGGUGCGUACAGACUAGUGAAACACAACAUGAAAUGUAUUAUUCUUCCUUUUAUUGCAUGUUCGCUGCAACCGUGGACGUAUAGCGUGCUCAUACCGCGCAUUCACUAUGAACUUCUCGCGUACGUUUGUUUUCGCUAUUCAGGAGAGGCUAUAUAUUAAAAUGGCGUUAUAACGAUACGCUACUUUUAAAACGCCUAUUAUUUUUUUCCCUAUAAUAUAUUAGUUCGGUUUGUGUACUCUGUUUAAAUUUAAAUUCAUUUACCUACACUAAUCUAUUUAAAAAAAUUAACAAAAAAUCAAUUACCUUCAAAUUUCAAAAUCACUAAUAAACGCACUAUAAUAUACCAAAUACCACAUGAAUCAAAAUAAGUCAUUCGAAGUCAAGCACGCCGCAAGCGGCAACCAAAUACAAAUAUGUAGAUAUAUUCUAAAUUCUUUGGUUAUAACAACACUGAUAUAUUCGAACAAAAAAUAAUCGAACGCGUUGCAUAGCCGAACAAAAUAUAUUCGAUUGCUUGUUAUAUUUCCUAUUACAACUGGACUUUCAUUUGAAUGUAGUUCUUAUGCAGUCCUCUUAGGGCAGAAUUUGGCAGGUGUCAAAAAAUUGUGUUCGCAUAAAUAUUAAAUAACGCUUGCCAGUUUUAAUAAAUAAUAGGUUAUUUUAUCAGCUAUCUAAUAUAACGAAUCUACUAUUCAGCUGUGAACGCGCUCCUUUGUUGUAUUCGUUCGUGAAACCGACAAGUGACGAGUCGCACCGCGCGCGGCUUGUAAUGCUCGUAGCAUGCGCGGGAAAUGCUCGUUUUGCGAGCACAAGACGUCCAAACUAUGAUGCAAUUGUUACACAGUUACCUUUCAUGAUACAUUGCAGAGAUUUCUACGGCGAAUUCUUCCAUUGCGUGAUACAUUUCAUCAAUCUAUAUGCACCAUAAGGCCUAUCGCAGACGACAGACUAUCCGUGACGCAUUUUUUAGUCUUGUGAUAGUAAAACCUAUAGAAUUAUAUGCAGUAACGCAUACGACACGCAAAAAGUCUGACGCGCAAAAUAUCCUCGUAGAUCUGACAUACCGCACCGCGUGGUACAAAAAGUCUGCAAUUUAAAACUGAAUGUUUGAUAUGUAACAGUCCCUUAAAAAUCUUUCUGAAACAAUAGGAUGAAAUGAAAAUUCUCUAUCUUCUUUUUUUAUAUCUCAAGUACGAAAUAAUACACUGCAAUUUGUGUACAUCCCUACAGUACUGCCAACAAAAUGACCGACAGUAGUAGGUACGUCGUGUGCGUUGAAUGAAAUUCAGACUUUUUAUGUGCCGCAGACUCAAUAGCACAAAAAGUGUGUCAUCUGCGAUAGGCCUAAAGAGUACGUCAUAUUAUGUGAGACAUAUUUUAUAUGAAAUUACUUGAUUAUUGAAAAUUAAACAAAAAGUAUACCUGCUAUGUAGUUAUAGGUAAUUAAUAUUCAAGAAAUCGUAAUAAACUAUUCCAUCCCAUUGGUAGUAAAAUGCCAAAUAUAUACCUACAUAAGGAUACUUAAUUUAUUGAUAAGAUCAUGCAGCCAUAUUAUUGCUAAUCAUGGUGCCGUUAGUAGUAGGUACUAUAGUAUAAUAUUGUCUUUGAUAAUUUAUAAGUCUCUUGCUGUUAGACAACCGAUAAAACAGGCCAGGAAUAUUAGUUUAGAGAGGUUAGUUCUAAACUCAAUGUUUAUCGACGUUUUCACAGCUGUUAUAGUCGAUAGACUAUAUAUAGUAUAAAUCAUUACUAUCGAUACUAGAUAUAGUAUAAAUAUUUAAGAUGAAUGUCUUGAAAUUUGUAAUUAUUAAAUAUUUCUCUUUAUUGUCUCUCUAAAAGCCUGCCUGUUAAUUAAAUAAAUUGUUGUUUUUGCCAACACUAAAAAUAAAUAAUGUUAAUUUUAAGAAUAAAUUAUAAUUACACGAAUUUUAAUCUUAUAUAA